AUGUCGACUAUGUUUGGCGCUCUGAAUCGCUUCAUCUCGCGGCUGGAUGCCGCGCCAGAGGACCAGAACUCCGCUACGCAAGGCGCGUAUGGCUUCCAGGUGCUCAGGAACAAGAAUCCGGAGGUGCCCCUGGACCCGUGGUUCGACUUCAUUAUUGGUAUCAAUGGGCGCACACUUGACAACCCGGAUCCGAACCUGUUCGCGACUGAGAUCCGCAACUGUGCUGGCUCCCCAAUAAGCUUGGGGGUCUUCAGCGCGAAGGGCCAAAAAAUUCGCGAAAUUUACAUCCCCAUCCCAGCUGAAAACCCCACCCUUGGCCUCUCUCUCCAAUGGACCCCACUCUCCGUCACAGAAGACGUCUGGCACAUCCUCGACGUGGCGCCCAACUCGCCCGCUGACACCGCCGGCCUGCUCCCCUACGGCGACUACGUCAUCGGCAGCCCCGAGGGCCUCGUCCGCGGCGAGUCCGGCCUCGGCGAGCUCAUCGAAGACUACAUCAACCGCCCGCUCCGCCUGUUUGUGUACAACCACGAGUACGGCGUCACGCGGCCUGUAACCAUCACGCCGUCGCGCGGAUGGGGCGGCGAGGGCGCGCUGGGUUGCGUCUUGGGGUUCGGCGCGCUGCAUCGCGUGCCUGCGGAGCUGGAGGAGCCGCCGCCUGCACCGGGAGAGACGUUCUUUUCCGCGGGGAGCGCCUCGUUCGACGAGAAGCGUCCUCUUUCUUCAUCUGGGAAUCUGCCUCCACCACAGGCUGGUGCUCCCGCGGAGCUCUUCGUUCCCGCGAAUAUGGCGCUGCCGUCAAAGUCGCCGCCGCCGCAGAGCGGUGCCCCGAAGAGAGGCAAGCAGCGCGCGCAUCAUGCGCUCAGUCCGGCCGGGGGCGGCGGGCUGGACGACUACUUCAAGGAGGGCGAGCAGAAGAGUGCGGCGCAGGACUUUGCGCCCAAGCGGGAGGGCAGCGUGCCGCCGCCGCCGAAGGUGGGAGGGCCGCCGCGAGGAGGACCCCCGAAGAGCGCGACCCCAGUGCAAAGCGAGGAGCCUGCGGGCGCGGAGGCCUGA